GUUCGGAGGGUGGGUACCGCUCACUCGACCACCUUCCUUACUAGCGUGCCAGAAUAACUCUCAUCUCAUGGAAGGAAUUCUCAAAUCCUUAGAUUGUAUCAUUCUACAAACUUAACUGCACAAUGUAAUCGGGCCUGCACUCAAACGUGUAUAUGUAGGGGCACGUACCCCAAUGGUGCUAUUGGUGAUAGUGUUGUGUGUUUGUCCUGGUUACACCUGUUAGUGUUACGAUGUUGUUGGGUUGGUAGUUUGUCCGGCCAUUGUUGUGCUCUCAGCGAACCAUAUGAAUGACGAGGCCAGGUAACACAUCCUACACCGAGCUGUCCGUUGUUGCCUCCGGCUGCCUCGACUCAGAAUCCUCACAGGAGUUCAAUACCACAAUCGUAAAUCUUGACCCCCAUCCUGCCCCAAGGGAUGAAGAGAUCGUCCCUAUUAUUUUGGGACAUGGGGAUACGCCCAUCAAUAAUACCCCUGCGACGUGCCGUCGUUUUGACUUCACGAGCACCAACGGUACCGCAUCGGGUGUAUUUGCACACACGGAUGAUGACGUCAAAGAAAACGGCGUUAGCGACUCCGACUCGUCACUGGAAGCGCCACCUGUUGACGGUCAGAGGCGUGGCUCCAAGUGGAGCACGACAAUUUUAUUUGUGGCUUCCGAGGUCCAGCUUAUCUUAAAUCUGGCAGAGUUCUGUCCGGACGAGGGAUUUGAAAACGCUCCCAGAAGGAAGAAAACCGAAAGUUCCGACGACGAGGAAGACGAUCUUUACGACGACUUCGACUUUAGUGCCCCGGACCAGAGUGAUCACUCGGACAGUCAAACCGACGACAGUCCGGGGGAUUCGGACUCCACCGCCAACACGAUGGAGCUCCAGGCGGUCAUUCCUACAGAUAUUUCCAAGGACCAGAUACAGAACGGCAAGGACCCUCCACGAGACUGUCCCGACGCCGAGAAGAAUUCUCUGUUGUCAGAGAAAGUAGACGAUAUUGACGACAUUCCUGACCACUACCCAGACGAUGAUGAUAUUAAACUUCCGGUUGAAAACUGGGGUAACAAGGCCGACUACUUGUUGGCUGUGAUCGGCUACUCUGUGGACCUCUCUAACGUCUGGAGAUUCCCGUAUCUGGCCUACAAAAAUGGCGGUGGUGCGUUUAUCAUUCCAUAUUUCACUGUGUUACUGCUGGGCGCCAUUCCUGUGUUUAUGAUGGAGCUUUCCAUGGGCCAGUACACGCAGGAGGGACCCAUCCGUGUCUGGAAAAUGUCUCCCCUCUUUAGAGGUAUUGGGUACGCCUCAUGCUUAAUGGCGUACAUCGUUGCGUUUUACUACAACCUUGUCAUCGGCUGGUCGUUCUACUACCUGUUUUCCUCAUUCUCAUCUGUCCUGCCCUGGGCUAGUUGCUCGCAUGAAUUUAACAGCGAAAAUUGCUGGCAGAUUGACUGGGACACCAACAAGACAUAUCUCAACCGUACCUAUGACGCCAACACUUCAGUAUCCUCGGCUUUCGAGUUCUACGAACGAGGGAUGCUGGGGCUGCACAAGAGUAACGGCAUUAAUGAUCUGGGUCCCGUUAAAUGGGAGCUGGCCCUGUGUGUCCUCCUUACCUUCGUCAUCCUCUACUUCAGUCUCUGGAAAAGCGUCAAAAGUGCUGGCAAGGUCGUGUGGUUUACGGCUACCAUCCCCUACCUCAUACUGACCAUCCUCCUCAUCCGGGGCUCACUACUCCCGGGGGCAGGGGACGGCAUCAAGUACUUCGUCACUCCCAACGUCAGUCGCCUAGGCGACGUUCAGGUUUGGAUAGACGCCGCCGUGCAGAUCUUCUUCUCCAUCGGUGCAGGCUUUGGAACUCACAUAGCUUAUGCCAGUUAUAACAAAUUCCACAACAACUGCUUCAGAGAUUGUCUGAUAACAGCUGGGGUGAACAGCUUCACCAGUAUAUUUUCUGGCUUCGUUGUGUUCACCUUCCUCGGCUACAUGGCUGCCAGGCAGAACAAGGACAUCAACGAUGUGGCCCAGGACGGACCCGGCCUAGUAUUUAUUGUCUACCCGGAAGCCAUCGCCACACUGCCGGGCUCUACCGCCUGGUCCAUUAUUUUCUUUUUCAUGCUGGUCACUCUUGGAAUGGACAGUGCUUUUGGUGGUUUGGAGUCGCCCCUGACCGGCCUUGGUAAUCAGUUUUACCGCCUGAUCCGGUUCGGUUGGUCUCGCGAGAUUCUCACCUUCAUCAUCGUGUGCACCGCCUUCCUCUUCUCACUACCCUGUACAACAAACGGCGGUAUGUACGUGUUUAAGAUCCUGGACACGUUCGCGGCGGGCACUUCUAUACUCUUCACUGUCCUGUGUCAGGUGAUUGCUGUAUCCUGGGUGUACGGCGUGGACCAGUUCUGUCGUGACGUGAAGCAGAUGACCGGAUACACCCCCGGGAUGUACUGGAGAAUCUGCUGGAAAUUCAUCUGUCCAACAUUCCUCUUAAUCCUUGUGAUAUCAAGCUUUUUACAUUACCGGCCGCUGAUAUACAAGGGCGGGGGCGGGGUUUACAAAUACCCGGGAUAUGCGAACGCUAUAGGAUGGGGCGUCGCCUCCUCCACAAUGGCGUUGAUACCGCUCUACGCCAUCUACAAACUCAGCACCACAGAAGGGUCGUUCAAACGUAGAUUGGCGCUGUGUAUAUCUCCGACAAGAGAGCAUGCCCUUAUAGAGAGAACCGGUGUCGUCAGGCGUUUCAAGAAAGAGCACUGGAUAUCUAUCUAGGAUAUGCUUACAGAUCUGGCGUAACAAAGAACACCGUGGCAGGCUACAUGUGGUAUUCUUAUAAAGGGAAAACAUUGACAGACAACUCCGUAACUGGAAAUCGUUUUACUGAAGAUACAUUGGAUGUGUGUAUUCGUUCUGAUAACUUCUAUAACACGUCUCCUGUGCUGUAGUGACUACCUUAAACCGGUGAGACUUGACUCGCGAGGAAUCACGGAUGAUAACGUAUGUUCAGGACUAUACAGUGCGCCGUAGAUGAAUGUCCUGACAUUAGAGUCGCUCAAUGUUGUAGGGAGUCACCAAGUUAGUGAUGUUUCUUUUCCGUGUUGGAUCUGAGUUGGAUUUUCUAUACACGUAUUUGUAUUUGUGAUGUGUAUAUGUCCGUUACAGUCGCGUAACGCUUUCCGCUGUAAACCAACACGUCACUACUGUAUAUGUUGAUUUAGUAGUCAUUCAUAUCUCAGGAUAUCUCUGAUAGUUCUUAGUUCUCCGACUUCACCUUACAAUGAAUAUAUUCCUACAUUUAUCAUUCAAGUAAUCUCAUACUUUGAUUCAUGACCAUGUCGAACAUUUUUUAAGUCUACUGUCAGUUUCAAGAACAGUUUAGAAAGCAUAUCAGAGACUAUGUGACGUCGUUGUGAACAAUCACGUGAUAACACGGGCCAAUCGUUGUGGAUAGUUAUUGUGUAUAUAAACUGUGAGUAUAUGUAUGUUGAUGUAAACAUACAUAGUUACGAGACACAUGGCUGGUAUCCCUGUGCAUCCAUUAGAAAUAAAUAUAAGAAACAC